CAGCAUUCAGGCCCGGUUCCAGUAUCUAUGCUUCUCACAGGGUCAAGGUGGAGGAAGGGACCAGGGAAACAGGAUGACAGCCCAAGCCACUGUGGCCAGCCCUGGGGAUGGGUGUCCUCAGCCAACCUAAUGGGACCGCCCAUGGGUACUGGGCUCUGGGCCAGAGAAUCCAUUUAGGGGGCCCACGGUGCCUUCUGGCGUCCACUCUGACAUAAGAACAGAACUGGGUAGGGGUCACUUGAGCUCCCCGGAGCCUGCAUCUGGAAACACGGGUGCUCUGACGUGUUCUCGCUGACGUUGGUUUUUGGAGUGACAGAUGCCCUGGAUGCCAGCGGGGGAGGUGGCGGGUCCUGCUGAUGCACCCAGCCUCAGAGGGCUGGCACAACCCUUAAGCCCGCCCCCGCGGGCCCCUCAGCGACUUGCAGACACCCGGACUAGCCCGCCGAUCCCGGCACGUGGGUCCGCAGGGCGGAGGGCGGGAAAUGCGCACCGCGCAGGACUACAAGUCCCACAAUGCUCCGGGCGACGGCGGCAGGGAAGGAGGGGGUGCCUUCAGGUGUCUGCGACCUCGGCGCCUCCCGCCCGGAAGUGCCCGAGGGUCCGCUAUGGAGCUGGCGGAGCCGGGCGCUCAGUAAGGUGGCAGGCAAGGCAGGUGCCAUGGCCUUGAUUGAAGGGGUGGGUGAUGAGGUGACCAUCCUUUUUGCGGUGCUUGCCUGCCUUCUGGUGCUGGCUCUCGCCUGGGUCUCCACACACACCGCGGAGGGCACCGACCCAUUGCCCCAGCCAUCAGGGACUCCAACACCAGCACAGCCCAGUGAAGCCAUGGCGGUCACCAGCAGCAUCCGAGGGGAGGCCCCAGGAGCCGAGACCCCCAGCUUGAGACACAGAGGUCAGGCUGCACAGCCAGAGCCUGGCAUGGGGCUCUCAGCAACACCACCGUCGCCGGACUCCCCCCAGGAGCCCCUAGUGCUCCGGCUGAAAUUCCUCAACGAUUCAGAGCAGGUGGCCAGGGCCUGGCCCCACGAUACCAUUGGCUCCCUGAAAAGGACCCAGUUUCCUGGCCGGGAACAGCAGGUGCGGCUCAUCUACCAAGGGCAGCUGCUAGGAGACGACACCCAGACCCUGGGCAGCCUUCACCUCCCGCCCAACUGCGUUCUCCACUGCCACGUGUCCACGCGAGUCGGUCCCCCACACCCCCCUUGCCCACCGGGGUCAGAGCCAGGCCCCUCCGGGCUGGAAAUAGGCAGCCUGCUGCUGCCCCUUCUGCUUCUGCUGCUGCUGCUGCUCUGGUACUGCCAGAUCCAGUACCGGCCCUUCUUUCCCCUGACCGCCACUCUGGGUCUGGCCGGCUUCACCCUGCUCCUCAGUCUCCUGGCCUUUGCCAUGUACCGCCCGUAGUGCCUCCACGGGCUCUCGGCAGCGUUGCUGGCCCCUCUGGACCUUGCUCCCCUCGACACAGUGGGCGAUGCUGUCUGCCCAGGCCCACCUCUCCGGCCUGCCUCUUCCCACUACCCUGGAGCCCAGCCCUGCGCAGCAGAGCGCUCCGGGAGUCCGCCGACGCCCCUCCCUGUGACCUCCAUGGCUCUGGGCCACGUCCUGGGGCUGCUGGCUCUCAGCCCCCAUUGACAGUCAGCUCCUCGGGGUCAGGCAGCUGCUGUCACUGCCUUGGCCCCCCGCAGAGCCGGGCUACACCCCUGGGCCCUUCUUAGUGUCCUGCCCGAGGACCCAGCCACCUCUAGUCCCUGAUAGCUCCUUGGGCUGGUUGGAGGACCCAAGGACUGCGGGGCGCUGGGGAAGGGGAGCUGGGAGGGGCAGAGGGAUUCUGUGGAACACGUGCAGAUUAAAUAACUGUGAAGUUUUCA